CUGUGUGGCGUACAUCCGGCGGUGUGUCAGAAACUGUGAUGGUGGCCUCAACGACAGGAAGUGUAGUUUAGGUGUGUUUCUCUGUACCAGUCAGGGAGUGGGAGGGAAUGAGCUGUCUGGUAUACCGGUAGGAAAGCAACGUACCUAUGGCAAAGAUGGCUAUGUUGGCUGCUGGAAGAGUAGUUGGUCUCUGAAGCCUCGAAAGCAAAAAGAACAUUUUCCAUCUUCUGAGUUACUUGUUUGGAAACGGCAAAGGGCGGCGGCAGUUACUUGAUAUGGAUACGGUAGAAAAACAACGGGAUAUGAGGGCAACAUGAGCCAAGAAAAAAAGAAAAAGAAGAAAAAAACUAUUAACAAUCGCAUCAUGCUAAUCAAAAAGAUCGUAUUGAAGGAUGGCAACGCGAAAACCAAACUGUCCUUGUUCCAGCCACAGGGUAUUGGCCGACCUAGCGUGUACCAUGCAGUAAUUGUCAUCUUCCUAGAGUUCUUUGCUUGGGGUCUUUUAACAACUCCAAUGUUAAGGGUGCUACAUGACACAUUUCCUCAACAUACAUUUUUAAUGAAUGGCCUAAUUCAGGGGGUUAAGGUGGUAUUUUGCCAUGAUUUCUGUAUCAGGAGUCUUUUCUGUCACCUUCUCUGUAGUAUUUGCCUAUGUGGCAGAUGUGACACAGGAAGAAGAAAGAAGUAUGGCUUAUGGAUUGGUAUCUGCAACAUUUGCAGCAAGUUUGGUAACUAGCCCAGCCAUUGGUGCUUUCAUCGCUUCUCAAUAUGGGGACAGCCUAGUUGUUCUGGUAGCUUCUUUGGUUGCCUUGGUAGAUAUCUGCUUUAUUUUGUUAGCUGUUCCAGAAUCGCUGCCCGAAAAGAUGAGACCUGCUUCUUGGGGAGCACCUAUUUCAUGGGAAAAAGCAGAUCCAUUUGGGUCUUUGAAGAAAGUUGGAAAGGAUUCAACAGUUUUACUAAUCUGCAUCACAGUCUUCCUUUCAUAUUUGCCUGAGGCUGGACAGUACUCCUCUUUUUUCCUUUAUUUGGGACAAGUUAUAGGAUUUACUUCCAGUUCUAUUGCAGCAUUCAUUGCUGUAGUGGGGAUCCUAUCUAUAGUAGCACAAACUCUAUUCCUCAGUUUUUUAAUGAGAUCGAUUGGGAACAAGAACACAGUCCUGCUUGGUUUAGGCUUUCAGAUGUUGCAGCUGGCUUGGUAUGGCUUGGGAUCCCAAAAAUGGAUGAUAUGGGCAGCUGGAGCAGUAGCAUCUAUGUCUAGUAUUACAUUCCCAGCAGUCAGUGCUCUAGUUUCCAGAAAUGCAGACUCUGAUCAACAAGGUGUUGUUCAGGGAAUGAUCACAGGAAUCCGAGGUUUGUGCAAUGGCUUGGGACCAGCUUUAUUUGGGUUCGUCUUUUACCUUUUCCAUGUAGACCUAAAUGAAUUACCAUCUGAUCAUGGCAACGGGAAGACAACCCCUGUAGAGAAUCACAGCAGUACGGCUACCAUAAUCCCUGGUCCACCAUUUCUUUUCGGAGCCUUUGUAGUCUUGCUUGCUUUUCUAGUAGCCUUAUUCAUUCCAGAACACAGCAGUCAUUCUGUACACAACAGUAUUGCCAGAAGACUUAGUAACAGCAUUGUUAGCACACACGACAACACCACUGAGCAGGCCUCUGAAGAUGAUGUUGAGCCACUUCUGCAGGACAGCAGUGUGUGAUUCUUGGAGAAAACCCAAACUGGCGCACCUAUGUUCUUACAACAGCUGAAAGACAGAGAAUAAAGAUUCCCUUCAUGGGAUGAUGGCAUGUAAUCAGCACCUUGAUAGUCUGCCUGUGUCAAUGUCACUUGUUAAAUAACCUGCCAGAAUAGUUCCCACAUGUUGGUAAAAUGCUUUCUGUUUUGAGGGUUUUUAUAAGUAAAUAUUUUAAAAUUGCUCUGUAAAACAAAAAUCUCCAUCUUUUAAGUGACCUGAAAUACAGAUACUCAGGGAGGUUACUUGGGUGGCUAAUAUGUUAUAAGGCAAAACAAUUCAGAAAAGAAACUGAUUUAUUCAGAAUGUGUGAUCAUUUUUAUGUAGCAAAGUAGGCCUAAGCAGGCUGACUAGUUAAUUUGCUGCGAGUCAUUGUUCUGUGCUUUGUUUAGGGCCUACUUAUACGCAGGGGCAAUGACAAACAGGAGGAGACAGUUGCAUCACAGCUGUCUGCCGGCAGCAGCAGUAAAUAUUCAGGCAGAUGAGUCAUGUAUGUGUGUAAAGUCUGCUUCCAGACAGGCUGAAGUGAGGCCUUCACCCCUCUUUGACUGGAAGCACAGAAGAUUCUACAUUGAUAGUGUAACCUAGUCCUUAAAGGUAAGGAGCUAUGAACAGGCUGUAUCCAGCAGACUAGGGUCUGUUUCUAAGAGUCUCCUCUUUCUUAUUGAGCUAGUCACUUUACCAGACCAAAGUUCCUUGGCUGAAAAUAAGUAGUAAAUUCUUAGUUUUAUUGUAAAAAAAAAGAAAAAAAAGUUUAAAAAGUAAUGCAGUCAGGUAUCCAGGAAAUAAUUAAAAAAGAGAGGUGGGGACACAGUCUUUUGUUCCAGAAUAAGGUCUCCAGAUAUAUCCCUAGAGAUGCCCUGAGAGUGGAGUAAAUCUUUCUAAAAAUCCAAGUUUUUAGGAAGGGAAAUUGGUAUCGUUGUUUCUAACUGCCACAUAGCACAUCUUUGUGUUUACACCCCUCCAGUUAUAUAAUGAGGCUUUCUAUAUUUUUUUCACUAGUAAACUAUGCAUUGCUCAGAAUACUAUUUUCGUCUAUACCUCUGUUAAGGAAGUGAGUCAGAGCACUUUGUUGCAUUUUGGAAUAGGUGAAU